AUGCCACGAAUUAUGAUAAAGGGUGGUGUUUGGCGUAACACCGAGGAUGAAAUCCUCAAAGCGGCGGUGAUGAAAUAUGGGAAAAAUCAAUGGUCUCGUAUUGCGUCGCUGCUGCAUAGAAAGUCUGCAAAACAAUGCAAGGCCCGUUGGUACGAGUGGCUCGACCCGAGCAUCAAGAAGACAGAAUGGUCUCGGGAAGAGGACGAGAAGCUGUUACACCUGGCCAAGUUGAUGCCCACGCAGUGGCGCACUAUCGCCCCUAUUAUAGGGCGUACUGCCGCGCAAUGCUUGGAAAGAUACGAAUACUUGCUAGAUCAAGCCCAAAAGAAGGAGGAGGGGGAGGAUAUGGGUGAUGAUCCUCGCAAGCUGAAGCCUGGUGAGAUUGACCCCAAUCCAGAGACCAAGCCUGCCAGGCCUGACCCCAAGGAUAUGGAUGAAGAUGAACUGGAGAUGCUGUCAGAAGCUCGUGCUCGUUUAGCCAACACACAGGGUAAGAAAGCCAAGAGGAAGGCGCGGGAAAAGCAACUGGAAGAGGCAAGACGGCUUGCUGCCUUGCAGAAGCGCAGGGAAUUGAGCGCUGCGGGCAUUGCUGUGCCAAUCAGGCGUAAGAAGAAGCGUGGAGUAGACUAUAACUCGGAAAUACCAUUUGAGAAGAAACCGGCAUCUGGAUUCUAUGACACAUCCACUGAAGUGGUAGAUCCUAUGGCACCUGACUUCUCGAGGCUCAGGCAACAACAUCUUGAUGGAGAGCUGCAUUCAGAGAAGGAAGAGAGAGACAGACGUAAGGAUAAGCAAAAGUUAAAGCAACGUAAGGAGAAUGACGUGCCUCAAGCCAUGCUGCAAGGAGAUCAGCCCGCACGUAAGCGCAGCAAACUGGUGCUACCGGAACCGCAAGUUACUGACCAGGAGUUACAACAAGUGGUAAAGUUGGGGCGAGCGUCGGAGGCGGCGCGGGAGAGCGCGGGCGGGGCGGGCGCCGCCACGGACGCGCUGCUGGCCGAGUACGCCAUCACGCCCGCCACGCCCGCCGCACUGCGCACGCCCGCGCAGCACCAGGACAGAAUCCUGAUGGAAGCACAAAACGUGAUGGCUCUGACACACGUGGACACACCUCUCAAAGGAGGUCUGAACACUCCGCUACAUCAGACAGACUUCUCCGGAGCUCUACCACAGUCACAGGCCGUCGCUACACCGAAUACUGUACUAAUCACACCAUUCAGGUCAUCUCGCAGCGAAGUGUCGACUCCCGGUAGUUUCAAUACGCCCAGUCAAGCCGCAGCACAACCAGGACUAGUUACUCCAGGACUUCGUGACAAAUUAAGCAUUAAUCCAGAAGAUAGACUAAGCACUGGCGACACACCUCAAGUUGCCAAUCAGUUGCAGAAACAGCAAAAAGCGUCCGUCCGUAGCGCUUUGUCCUCGCUACCCACUCCGCGCAACGACUAUGAGAUCGUGGUCCCCGACCAGGACGACGAGCCCUUGGAGAGCUCUAGCUCCGACAUGCAGGUGGAAGACCAGGCUGAUGCAGACGCCAGGUUGCAGCAGGAACAGGAAGAAAUACGGUUGGCAGCGCUGAAGCUGCGGUCGCAGGCGAUCCAGCGCGGCGCGGUGCGACCCGGCGAGGUCAACGGCAGCGUGGUGCGCGGCCCGGCGGGGCAGAGCGGACAGGGCGGGGCACUCUCCGCCCUGCAGCAGGCGGAGGAGCUGUUGAAACACGAGAUGCUCACCAUGCUGCACUACGACUCGCUGCGAGACCCGCCGCCUGGAAUAGACAAGAAACGAGCAGUGCAGUUACAAGCUUCGCACUUAGCGUAUUUAGAACAGAAUCCGUACGAGGAAUUCUCUUCUGAAGAAUUGGAAGCCGCUAAAGCUGAGAUGAAGAAGGAGAUGGAAGUCGUGAAGGCGGGCAUGGGCCACGGAGAACUCAGCAUGGACGCCUACACUCAAGUCUGGGAAGAGUGUCUUGCACAAGUUCUCUUCUUGCCUGGUCAAAACAGAUACACUCGUGCCAAUUUAGCUAGUAAAAAAGACAGAUUGGAAUCUGCUGAAAAGCGGUUGGAACAAAACAGGAGUCACAUGGCUAAGGAAGCCAAGAAAUGUUCCAAAAUGGAGAAGAAACUGAGAGUUUUGACAGGUGGGUACCAGAGCAGGGCAGCGUCCCUCAUCAAACAGUUCCAGGAGUUACAAGACCAGAUAGAACAAGCCAACUUGGAACUGUCCACAUUCAAGUUCCUUGCUGAACAAGAAAAAGCAGCCAUUCCACGUAGGAUAGAGUCACUAACUGAAGAUGUGAACCGUCAAACGGAAAGAGAAAAACAACUGCAAAAAAGAUAUUCAGAACUUCAAACGGAAUUAGAGGAUCUUCACAAAGGAAGGCAGCCGAAGGAAGUAGAAUCGAAAGCUUCGGACGAAUAA